CACGGGUGGACGCUUCAGAGCUCGUCCAUAGCUUAUGCCAGAAACUUUGGGAGUCUUUGCAGCAGGCCCCCCUUCUUACUGCCUCUCUUCUUAGUACCAGGCCUCGGAGUCAGGUGCCAACCCGGCCUGUUGAAGGCCCCCCUGUACGUCAGUAACCUCUUCUAGCCCAACCUGCCCACCUCCCUUGACAACACUUUUUUUUGCUACCUUCUUACCACCUCCAUUUCCCUUACCCACCUUCUCGGCCCGUGGCCCAACUGAUCCAAUGUCCUGCGUUCACUUUUUGUUUAAAACAUCCUUGAACGGGAAACUAACAAAGUUGGACUCAUGAUUGACCUUCUCCCCCAAAUUCGCAGAUCUUUUCCCAAUUCAGGGUUUGGAAUCGUGAGGACAGCGACGAUGGAAGAGAAUGAAGACGGCGGCGUCGACAAUGACUGCUACAAGGUGCGACCGUCCCUGACAUAUUCUGUGGACAUCUGUAAGGAUGUUCUCUGCAAUGUGGAUAAACUGAAAUUACUGAAUCUCGAACUUACUUCAGUGUUGCAACCGGGUUUUGCUGUUCACGGCCUUGUAUGCAAAUUGAAAGGGGAGCAACUGGAAGUUUCAAUCGCUCCAAAUACAAAGCCUCCGCAGUAUUUUGUCUUCCGAAGGGCUGCGAAUGCUCUUGUUGCUGUCUCAAAUGGUUUCCCUGCAGACUUGGCAUUGAAAGUACUGUCAGGCGAUAUGGAGAUAGCCGCCCACCACAUGAAACACAGUCGGGUUAAUCAGGAAGUAUUGCAUAAACGGCACAUCAAUUUUAUUCGCCUACAUCGUGAGUAUGAACUUGGUCGCAAGUUGCCCUGUGCUGUACUUAAACAUUAUGAACACUGUAUUUUUCUUGUGGCAAAUCCACUAGUACGUCGACUAAUGGGCCAACUCAUAAUGCGAUACAUUUUUGGCGGCACUGAUUUUGAACCCUGGGCCAAUGUGGUGGUGCAAUCUUAUGAGCGGUUCAAGGAUCGCCCAUGUCCCUUCUUGAGUAUGACCCCGCUUUACACGUGCGGAGAUGAUGCUACGAUGGAAGCACCAAAUGAUGAAAUGCGCAAUCUUAAUCUGAAGAGUUGAUGAACUCCACGCGCAAUCAUUAUUAAAAUCUGUGUUCAGGAUGUUAUAUCUUUCCAUUUGAGACUGCUUUCUCUAUGACGAUUUAGUAUGUAACUCUGCUUUCUGUGUGACGAUUUAGUAUUCAUCAACUGUGCAACUCUGUUUUAGCUUUUGGAAUUGAAAACAUUUUAGUUUAUCUUUA